CACAUCAUUGAGCGACAUGCCCGGACCAAGCGCCAAGGUCACAGCUCAACAGUACUCAGUGCUCGAUUAACGUCAACUCUUGAUAAUAAUCGAUAUAUAUACCGUGCUUGCACGUUUCAUCACAUAGCUCGGUCUUUAAACGCUGUGUCUGGAAGAUUUUCCGCCUCGAUGCGCGGCAUUCAUGGCGCGUCCGACGGAAGAAGACUCUGUCAAUCUACGAGCCAGCCCAUGCACGUACUAUAUACCUUACAUGUGGUUUUGUCGCACACUGCGGCACAACAGACCGGCAAGUAUCUUCGAGUUGCGCCGGCCGCGAUCUGGAUACUCGAUUAUUUUUUAACUUCUGAACAUGAAGUCCGUCUGUUCAGCAACAUGAGCUGCUGGAAUAUUGUCACUGUCAUGUUCAUCCUAGCUAGAUAUGCUCCCGUAUUAUGGAUCAUCACCGAAAUAUAUCUCACUCUUAGCCCACAUUCAGCAGGAAUGUGCGUGACACUAUAUCGAACUAGUGGGGCGUCACUCUUUCUUAUCAUGUCCGCCGCAGAAGGUCUGCUUCUCGUGCGUAUACUUGCCUUAUGGCAUAACAGCAGGAAGAUAAAGCUAUUUUUAUUGGCGAGCUACUUGCUUAUUGUUGUCGCCAUGGCCAUUUGCGAUACACUUGUGUGGUUUCUGCUCGAAAGUGUAUGUGUGUCCACAUCGACUCCGAUCGCUUUAAGGUUUACGAAGGUGGAACGUCUGAUAACGGGCAAGUUUGUUAGCGCAGCACUGUUUGAACUCAUAGUCAUCACUCUUACAAUGUGUCAUUCAAUACGACUACGCUCUGAUGGUAUACGCUCCAUCAGUAGAGUGGCGUCAACCUUGUUGAAGGGAAGUUUGCUAUAUGCACUGUCGCUUCUUGCAAUUUCUAUUAUAAACAUAGUUUCUUUUUCAUUGCCGACCUCAUCGCGGGGGCAGGGUGGAAUUGUAUAUGUGUUCCAAGGUGUCUUGCAUGGUGUCUUGGCUUCGCGUGUUCUUUUUGAUCUAAGAGAUCUGAGGAAUACAGGUCAAGAUGAAGAACACGACUAUUUAUUCACCUCGUAUAUAUCCCUUCCUCGCACUCAGCGCGUAUCACAAAUGAUACCAAUGACUGCCUUACAUGCCGAAAGUAAUGCAUGAUUAUGCCUCACCGUGUACAACGUCAAUAUCGCACGCACGCAUGUCGCAAUCCUACCAACCGCUCGAAUAAUCGCACCCUACAUAACUCGUUCAAUGGAGGAUAAAUUGAAUGAUCCAGGAUGACGUUGUAUGUUCAUGUACAAUCGGAUA